AUGCAAUCUUGGAGCCGUUGUAUCAAACGAUAUGAUCAAACCAGAGACUUCGUAUACCCCGAUUUCCUCGAAGCCCUCCACUCGCGACCUGUACGCGUUGCACUGAUCUACGGCGACGCAGACUACUCCUGUAAUUGGUUUGACGGCGAGGCAGUCUCCCUUGCGACGGAAUACGAAUAUUCAAAAGAGUUCCGCUCCGCUGGAUACACACCCUUCGUCGUGGAUGGGGAGGAGUACGGUGUCACGCGUGAAUCUGAUAAGAUGAUGAUGUACUUCAAUACUUGA